UGGGCGUUGUUAACCCAGGCCACGCUUUUGAUAGUUUCGGCCAGCAAAGAAAGCUGUAAAGCAAGGCCCUCAGUCCACACCACUGCUGUGUGUUGUAUCGCAAUCAGUCCAAUGUUGUCGUCUAUUCGUCCAGCAGAUGACGCCAUUUGUUUUGCAGCGGCUCAGUGAGCCAUGCGACACUUCUCCAAGUGCCAUCAUCCUUCUUCCUACUACGCAUGCGCUUAACGAUCCCAUUCUUGUGCUGCAGGCAGCAUUCCGGGUGGAGCGCGAGAAAAAGACGUGUUUCUAAGGCCUUAUACCGAAACAACAUUAGGAUCUUAUUUAUCCACAUCACCUGCAGCCUUAAUACAGAAUAUGGCCUUUCCAGGGCAGAUCCCAGGAAAAGUUUUGGAGAUGUGAUCUGGCCUCCAUCCUUCUCCAAUUGCUGCUUUAAUUGCUGUGCCUCCAAACCACCAUUUUAAAAACAACAGGAGUGGUUUGGCUCAAAGUAAAAACCCAAGUAAAAGGCACGAGUAAACUUUCCCCAGCUGCUGCCCAGACACACAUGGUGCAUUGGUGCCAUUCCCAAAGCCAAACUCUAUCAGUCUCGAGGGCACAGCCACUAGCUUGCUGGUGUGCUUCCAGAAGAAGAAGGACAGUCCUUUUGGGUUAAUUGUGUUUCGGGUAACUAACCUCCAUCCAAGUAGUAGAGUUGACUGGUCUUUCUUGCUGCUGUGAGCAUUCAGGAUUACUGACAAUCAUCCAUCUUUUAAGUGAAAAGACUGACAAAGGUAGAGAAGUUGAUUCUUAAAAGCUAGGUUAAUGGAAUCCAACAUGGAGAGCUGCCUAGCCCAGGUUCUACAGAAAGAUGUAGGCCGUCGUCUUCAGGUGGGGCAAGAGAUUGUCGACUACAUCUUGGACAAGGAGAAGUCUCAUGACCUUGAGCAGGAUCAGACUGCUCUUGAUAAGAUGGUUGAUGGCAUUGCCAGCUCCUGGGUGAACUCCAGCAACUUCAAGGUAGCUCUGCUCGGCUUGGAUCUCCUGUCUGCUUUAGUGACAAGGUUAGAAGAGAGAUUCCGGGCCCAUGUGGGAACAGCUCUGCGUAGUCUUAUCGAUCGAUUGGGAGAUGCCAAAGACCAAGUAAGAGAACAAGACCAAGCACUGCUACUUAAGAUCAUGGAGCAAGCUGCAUCUCCACAGUAUGUGUGGGACCGAAUGCUGGGAGGCUUCAAACAUAAGAACAACAGGACCAGGGAAGGAGUCUGCCUUUGCCUUAUUGCCACAUUGAAUAUGUACGGAGCUCAAGGCUUGACGCUCAGUAAGAUUGUCCCCCACAUAUGUAACCUGCUGGGAGAUCCCACAAGCCAGGUACGAGAUGGGGCUAUGAGUUGUUUGGUGGAGAUCUACCGACACGUGGGUGAGAGGGUGAGGAUGGAUAUCAGCAAGAAGGGCCUCCCUCAGUCACGGUUGAAUGUAAUCUUCAGCAAAUUCGACGAGGUUCAAAUAUCUGGUAACAUGAUCUCCUCUUCCUGCUCAGAUAAGAACUUUGAAGAUGAGGACUCAGUUGAUGGAGGCCGGUCCUCCUCCUCAUCAUCAUCCAAAGCACCUCCUAGUGGCAAGAGGUCUAUACUGACUGCGAGAAGACCAAGCUCAGCAACCUCAGCAAAGGCCACAGGUAAAGAGCCAGCUGCUGGGGCUGUUGAUGAAGUGGAUUUUAUAAAAUCUUUUGAAGAUGUGCCCUCCGUCCAGAUUUACUCUAACAGAGAGCUGGAAGAACACAUGACAAAAAUCAGAGACGUUCUGUCAGAUGACAAGCACGACUGGGAGCACAGAGUGGUAGCACUGAAAAAGGUUCGCUCGUUAAUGCUGGCUGGCGCAGCGGAGUAUGAGGGAUUCCCUCAGCAGCUGCGUUUGUUGGAGGCACCGCUCAAACUAUCGGCGAAAGAUCUACGCUCCCAGGUGGUCCGUGAGGCCUGCAUCACACUAGGACAUUUAUCAUCACUGCUGGGUAACAAGUUUGACCAUGGAGCAGAGAGUGCCAUGCCUAUACUGUUGAACCUUGUGCCCAAUAGUGCAAAAAUCAUGGCCACAUCUGGAAUGGCUGCCAUCCGCCUUAUCCUUAGGCAUACGCACUAUCCACGUCUUAUCCCCAUCAUUACAAGUAACUGCACUUCUAAAUCAGUCGCAGUCAGACGACGCUGUUAUGAAUUUUUAGACCUAAUGCUACAAGAGUGGCACACCAAUACACUGGAAAGGCAUGUGGCUGUUUUGACUGAGACCAUCAGGAAAGGCAUACAUGAUGCUGACUCAGACGCCAGAUCCAUUGCAAGGAAGUGUUAUUGGGGCUUCCACGGUCACUAUAGCCGAGAGGCAGAACAUCUCUUCCAAGCACUGGAGUCUACAUAUCAGAAAGCGCUCCAGACUCAUUUAAAGAGUUCGGACAGCAUUGUCUCUCUACCCCAGUCAGAUCGUUCCUCAUCGUCGUCUCAGGAGAGCCUAAACCGACCUCCGUCUGUGAAGACGGUCAUUGGAGGCAGCAUAGCAAGGACUAAACUGGUGAGCACCCGGAUGCCUAUUAUAACGAGUUCCCUCCAGCGUUCACGAAGCGACGUCGAUGUAAAUGCUGCCUCCAGCGCCAAGUCAAGGGUGUCAAUUGUGCCUACAUCUUCGGCAUUCAGCUCAGCAGCUGCCCUUCCCCCUGGAUCCUAUGCAUCUUUAGGUCGUGUUCGUACCAGAAGACAAAGCUCAGGUAGUGCAAGCGGAGCUAGUUCUUCAGCGGUGGACAGUAGAGGACGGAGUCGAGCUAAAGUGGUGUCUCAAUCUCAGCGAUCCAGAUCGGCCAAUCCCAUCAGUGCUGGCAGUCGCUCCAGCUCCCCAGGCAAACUUCUUGGGCACAGCAGCUAUGGUCGGAUCCCUCGGGCAGCAAUAUCUGCUUCCAGCACACCAGCUGACAAACGUAGCAGGAUCCCUCGCAGCCAAGGGUGCAGCAGAGAGACGAGUCCGAGUCGAAUGGGCUUAGCCCGGAGCCGCAUACCCCGCCCUAGCAUGAGUCAGGGUUGCAGUCGCGACACUAGUCGCGAGAGCAGCCGUGACACCAGCCCUGCUCGCGGCUUUACUCCUCUGGCUUCCCGACGGCAUUCUCGUUCAACCAGUGCUCUCACAGCUGACCCCCAUGGCCAGUCAGAACGUUAUGGUUUGAUUCACCAAGCUAGAAUCUCAGCAUCAGUCAACGCUAUGAGGGUUCUUAACACUGGCACUGAAGUGGAAGCAGCAGUUGCUGAUGCUCUGAGGAAGCCAAUGAGGCGACGAUAUGAAUCACCAGGGAUAUACUCCGAUGAUGAUGCCAACAGCGAUGCCUCCAGUGCCUGCUCAGAACGUUCUUAUGGCUCAAGAAAUGGCGGCAUCCCUCAUUAUCUUCGCCAGACUGAGGAUGUCGCAGAGGUCCUGAACCACUGUGCCAGCUCCAAUUGGUCAGAGCGUAAGGAGGGACUUCUGGGUUUGCAGAAUCUCCUCAAGGGUCAAAGAAUACUGAGCCGAGUGGAGCUGAAGAGACUUUGUGAAAUCUUCACAAGAAUGUUUGCAGAUCCACAUAGCAAGAGAGUGUUCAGCAUGUUCCUAGAGACCUUAGUGGAUUUUGUCACUGUACAUCGCGACGACUUGCAGGACUGGCUGUUUGUCCUUCUCACGCAACUGCUAAAGAAGAUGGGAGCAGACCUACUUGGCUCAGUCCAAGCUAAAGUCCAAAAGGCCCUGGAUAUCACAAGGGAGUCUUUCCCAUUUGACCAACAGUUCAAUAUAUUGAUGAGAUUCAUUGUCGAUCAGACACAGACACCAAACCUCAAGGUAAAGGUUGCGAUUUUGAAGUAUAUUGAGUCUUUGGCACGGCAGAUGGACCCAACAGACUUUGUCAACUCCAGUGAGACUCGCCUGGCUGUAUCACGUAUCAUCACCUGGACCACUGAACCCAAAAGCUCAGAUGUCAGAAAGGCAGCCCAGGUGGUGCUGAUAUCAUUGUUUGAGCUGAACACACCGGAGUUUACUAUGCUGCUGGGAGCUCUGCCCAAGACGUUCCAGGAUGGCGCCACCAAAUUAUUGCACAACCACUUGAAGAACUCUAGUAAUGCCGGUAGCAGUGUGGGAUCACCAAGCAACUUCAUUGGGCGUGUGCCACCUCGCCACACACCCAAUCGAACCAGCCCACUCACCUCUCCUACUAACUGCUCACAUGGAGGAAUGUCUCCAAGUGUGAUGGAGUAUGACACUGAGAACAUGAACGCGGACGACAUUUACAGCUCACUACGUGGUGUCACUGAGGCCAUCCAGAGCUUUAGCUACCGCAGCCAGGAGGACCUGAAUGAGUCAAUAAGACGGGAGGGCAAGAGAGAUGAUGCAGCUGGCAGAGAAGGAAUUGCGUCAACCCCUGGUUCUGAAGCUCGCCUAGGCUUGGACGUACCGGAAGGGGGUCGAACUGCUUUGGACAACAAGACUUCACUGCUAAAUACACCAUCACCGCGCUCCUUCUCUGGGCCACGAAUUCGGGAGUUUGCGCCUUAUGGCCAUGGAGAAACCAUCUGUACCUAUGACAAGAGUGCCCUUAAGGAGGCUGUUUUUGAUGAUGAUGUGGAGCAGUUUCGUGACUGCCAACGUAACGAAAGUGGUGAAAACACGGUGAUGCUCUCUGUUGGUCAGGACAACUCCGACUUGGUUGCCGAUCUGCUUAAGGAGUUGUCCAAUCACAAUGAGCGCUCUGAAGAACGUAAAAGUGCCCUGGUGGAGCUUCUGAAGAUCACACGAGAAGACAGCCUGGCUGUGUGGGAUGAACAUUUUAAAACUAUUCUCCUCCUCCUUCUGGAGACACUAAGCGAUAAAGAUCAUACCAUCCGAGCCUUGGCACUGCGUGUCUUGAAAGAAAUAUUAAAGAAUCAGCCAGCCCGAUUCAAGAACUAUGCAGAGCUAACCAUCAUGAAGACCUUGGAAGCCCAUAAAGAUUCUCACAAAGAGGUGGUGCGUGCGGCCGAGGACGCCGCUUCGACAUUGGCCGCAUCCAUCCAUCCGGAACAGUGUGUCAAGGUGCUGUGUCCAAUUGUACAGACAGCAGAUUACCCAAUCAACCUGGCUGCCAUCAAGAUGGAAACAAAAGUCAUUGAACGCAUCACUAAAGACUCUCUAAUACAGUUGCUGGUGGACAUCAUCCCAGGACUCCUGCAGGGUUAUGACAACACAGAGAGCAGCGUUCGCAAAGCCAGCGUUUUCUGUCUGGUGGCAAUAUACUCUGUUAUCGGCGAGGAGCUCAAGCCCCACCUGGCACAACUCACAGGCAGUAAGAUGAAAUUACUGAAUCUGUACAUCAAGCGUGCCCAGACCACAAACAGCAAUAGCAGCAGUUCCUCGGAUGUCUCCUGUCACAGUUAAUAGACGGAUGUUCCGCUGGAAAUCAUGCAAAUGAACGUUGCUGUCCUACUCGGGGACCCACCUAGUCUAAUUUUUUUUCCACCUUCACAUUUUUACUGCUGUUUUCUUGCGUUUUUCGCGGCUCCACCCCAACGCUUUUGUGCUGAAAACUUUGGAAUGUGGUGUGGAUGAAGAGAGAUCAUUUAUCCACCUUUGUUGCUUCAAGACUAAGCUUUUUGUGCAAAUUUGUCAUUUUUCUCCUGUACAUUUUUCUGUUUUUCCAUUUAGCUACCAGAUUUAGCUGAAUAAAAACCUCAGUCACUACACAGUGAAAUGUGCAAAUGAACUUUUUGGUGCAACAAAUAAAUUUUUUUUAAAACUGUAUAUGUACAAACUGAAAACAAAUCAGAAAAAAACUGUACUGUAUUAUAAUUUCAGGUAGUAUUUAGUUAAAUUGCGUUGAAUGUUUUUGUUAAUCUCAUUUUAAAUUGAAAGUAUCUUAAUUUAAUUGAUUCCCAUCUGCGUAAAAACUGCAGCUUUAUGUUCCUUCCACAUUCUAUUAUUAACAUGGUAUUGUAUGUCAGGCUACUGUUGGGCUGAUGUAACUUGAGUGACAGAAAGUUUGAAGCUUUGUAAGUACUGCAAAUGUCUUUUCUAUCUUAAAAUGGGAGAGAGCAACAAUCUGAAGCUGUCACUAUGUUCACGUCAUGCACGGAACAUGCAGAACUGCAGCGAGGGACCGGCUUGUACAAAACUGUAAACUAUCUGCUUACAAAAACUGUGAAUCUGUUGGGGGGGCCUGACCCUUGUAAUGAUGCAAACACAGUACAGUAUUCUGCUCUAUGUAACUCCAGCCUCUACUUUUAUCAGAAAACCCACAAGGGUUAGGGUUAGGGUUAGGUUGUACAGUAUAUAUACACUUUAAAAUUUCGGUUUUGCAACAUUUUUCCAAAAUGUAAGUUGCCUAUGUCAAUCUUUUGCACGUUAGCCUGCACUUAACCUGCAAGCACGUCGUCUUUUAUGCUGUAUGAAGGGCCCAGGUUUUUGGCUGUUUAAGUGCACUUGUAAUAUUGUAUUGCUCAACUCAUUACUUCAGUAUAUGCCACCAUCUGUUUAUCGGUGGUGCAUUUGGUAGACACGUUCAGAAAUGUUCUUUUAAUUUUAGCAUCAUAUUUAAGAUCUUAAUGGGUAUGAAAAGCUUUAAAUGUUUGGAAAGUCAACUACUUUUCUUGGGUUAAAUAUGAUUAUAUAGAAUACAUUCCUUUUUUUUGCAAAUGUAUUAUUGAUUUAAAAAUGUAAAUUCUGCUGGUGUAAAAAGGCCCUCUCUACCUGGUGAGUCAUUUCAAUGAGAAUCCCACACAAUGAGGUCUGUUCUUUUGACGACAGUAAAUCUGUGUCACUUACUUUCAACACAUUUUCUUUUAUAAUAUUCGAUUCAAGGUACUAACAGUGACAUUACCCCUUACACAGACCCAUGUCUGACAUCUUUAACACCUUUUGACAAUCUCACAUAAUUGCCAAAUCCAUGAUUGGUGUCAAAUAUAUACUUGUUGUAAGGGGGAGUCAUCUAUUACGACAUCCAAACAGACAUGAGGCAGUAUUUUAUACCAAAGGUUUUUUUAAUUGGUUUUAUUUUGCAAUGCAAAUUGAACCCUUAAUAUUUAUUAUCCUUAUUUUAUUCUACUUCGUCAACAUAAACUGUACUGAAGGAUGUUUUUCGUUAACAGCCACCCAUGAUAGACUUCAACAACAGAAAUGGUUUGCUCAAGUAAUAAAAAGACUUGUUGCUCUGGAA